AUGUUCUUAAAUCAAAGGAGCUUGAGGUAUACAGAUCUAUUCGUAAUGCAGAGAUGCUUCAGGGGUGGGAACAUGAGGUUGGGUACUUUCAUCUUUCCUAAAAUUUCACACUUGUGUUGUCGAUCAAAACAUAAAUUACCAAGGAAGUUUCUGGGGAAAGUGGAUGCAUUUGACAAUGUGACGAUUCCUGAGUUAAAGUUGCUUAAGAAGGUAACUGCAGUAGUUGGUUAUGAUGGUAUUGAUGACUAUAUCAAAGAUGACCUUUGUGAGAAGUGCAAGGACGAAAAUGACGAUUUUGAUGUCUUGUUGGCAUGUAAACGCUUCCCAUCUAUAUCAUUGGGUUUUGCCCCACCAAUUGAACUAUAUGAUGGAUCAACUAGCUCCAUACAUGGGGGGCUUUUAGCAUCUCAGUUUUAUCAGCAAUAUCUCCUCCAUACCAGUGAGUCUAAGGUGGUAGAUCCUAAUCAUCUCUAUGAAACAUGGCCAUCACUACGUCCCAGUAACUCUUCUUCUGUUGGAGAAGAAUUGGAUACUUCUCCUGUGUGUUCCUUGCCAAUUUUGAAGCCAGAGUCAAGACAAGACGAUGAACUUAAUGUCAACAAGUCUUCUACAAGUUCUGCCGUUAUUGAUACUCCAAAUGCCUCUACAUCGAUCCAAGAAAUUUUGGAUAAACCGAUAAAACUUGUACCUGGACUCACGAAAAGGCAAUCUAAUCAGUUGGAAAAUUGUGGCUUCUAUACGUUGCGGAAAUUACUAUACCAUUAUCCUCGGACUUAUGCUGAUCUACAAAAUCCAGAAGUCACCAUUGUUGAUGGGCAAUAUAUGAUCUUUGUCGGGAAAAUACUAUCUUCAAGGGGAAUAAGAGCUAGCAGUUCAUUUUCAUUUCUAGAGGUUGUAGUAGCUUGUGAAGUUGGGGAAAGUAGUUUGAAUUCUGAAUGUAUGAUUGAUGGAACUGAAGAAAGUAGAACAAGAACAAUGUACAUCCAUUUGAAGAAGUUCUUCCGCGGUGCUCGUUUCACAUUCCUGCCGUUUCUUAAAAGUCUUGAGUCGAAGCACCAGGAAGGAGAGAUUGUCUGCGUAAGUGGUAAGGUCCGGGUGAUGCGUACAAAGGAUCAUUAUGAAAUGAGGGAGUAUACUCUGGAUAUACUUCAGGACGAAGGAGAUUCGGCCGCUUUUGGAAAAGAGAAACUCUAUCCAAUAUAUCCCUCAAAAGGAGGACUAAAGCCAAACUUUCUUAGAGAUAUUAUCUCAAGAGGCUUACAGUCAUUGCCUGGCUAUGAUGAUCCUAUCCCUGAAGUUAUCAGAGAGGAUUUUGCGCUUGUAAGCCUACGAGAUGCUUAUCUUGGGAUACACCAACCAAAGACUUUAGUUCAGGCUGAUUUAGCUCGCAGGAGGCUUAUAUUUGAUGAGUUCUUUUAUCUUCAGUUGGGUAGGUUGUAUCAGAUGCUAGAAGGUCUUGGAACCAAACUAGAGAAAGAUGGAUUACUGGAGAAGUACCGGAAUCCUCACCUUAAUGAAGUAUUUGUAGAAGAAUGGUCCAAUUUGACUAGGGCAUUUUUAAGGGCUUUGCCGUAUACUCUGACACGCAGUCAGCUGACUGCUGUUUCAGAAAUUAUUUGGGAUUUGAAACGACCUGUUCCAAUGAACCGACUGCUGCAGGGGGACGUUGGAUGUGGAAAAACUAUUGUAGCAUUUUUGGCUUGCAUGGAGGUCAUUGGCUCAGGAUAUCAGGCAGCUUUUAUGGUUCCAACUGAGUUGCUUGCAGUUCAGCAUUAUGAGCACCUUCUUAAAUUGCUAGAGAGUACGGAAGACACCAAUGGAAAACCAUCCAUUGCUUUGUUGACAGGAUCAACCCCAUCAAGGCAGUCAAAUCUAAUUCGUGAGGGUCUGAAAAGUGGAGAAAUCUCCUUGGUGAUUGGUACUCACAGUUUAAUAGCUGACAAGGUGGAAUUUGCAUCUUUACGCAUUGCUAUUAUAGAUGAGCAACAUCGCUUUGGUGUCAUCCAGAGAGGACUCUUUAACAGCAAGCUGUAUUACAACCCCACCACUUGUAAGCUGGAGUCAAACAGGUCUUCUGAUUCCGUGAAAUGUGAUGGCGUUAUGGCUCCACAUGUUUUAACUAUGUCAGCCACUCCAAUCCCAAGAACUCUUGCUUUGGCUUUGUACGGGGACAUGUCUCUGACACAGAUUACUGAUCUACCUCCUGGGAGGAUACCUAUCGAAACAGAAAUAGUUGAAGGAAAUGAAUCUGGAAUAGAGAAGGUUUAUCAGAUGAUGCUGGAUGAAUUGGAAGCAGGUGGGAAAGUUUAUGUAGUAUAUCCAGUAAUUGAGCAAUCUGAGCAACUGCCUCAGUUGCGUGCUGCUGCAGCUGAGCUUGAAACAGUAUCCAGUAGAUUUCCUGGCUAUAGUUGUGGAUUGCUGCAUGGAAAGAUGAAAAGUGAUGUUAAAGAUGACGCACUGAGGCGAUUUAGAUCUGGAGAAACGGAUAUUCUGCUUUCCACGCAAGUAAUUGAGAUUGGUGUUGACAUUCCAGAUGCAUCUAUGAUGGUCGUAAUGAAUGCAGAGAGGUUUGGAAUAGCUCAGCUACACCAAAUUAGAGGUCGAGUUGGACGUGGUGAUAGGAAGUCUAAAUGUAUUUUAGUAGCGUCUACUGUGAAUUGCUUAAAUCGGUUGAAGGUUCUGGAGAAAUCAUUAGAUGGUUUCCACCUUGCAAACAUGGACCUCAUCCUUCGAGGUCCCGGGGACUUGCUUGGGAAAAGACAGUCGGGCCAUCUACCAGAGUUUCCAAUCACUAGAUUAGAGAUAGACGGAAACAUUCUACAAGAUGCACAUCUUGCGGCACUGAAAAUAUUGGGAAUAUCUCAUGAUUUGGAGAGCUUUCCAAAUCUUAAAGCCGAACUUAGUAUGCGACAACCUCUUUGUCCCCUAGGCGAUUGA